AUGUUCAAGCGCAAGGCUUUUGUUGAGCUAGUCCGGCGCGUACGGCCAAGGCGUGGAGGCUCGGAGGGUGAAAAUGACGCGGGUUCGUCGUCGGUUGCGUCGCCGAGUACUAGGAAGCAGCCCGUGGUCGAGCUUGCCGGGGGAUCUCGCCGCUCUGGCUUAAACUCCAUGCGAUUCGAGGUCGCGUCUGCGGCAGGUGACUCGGCCGAAGACGAAGAUGAGGCCGCGCCCGCCUCGGACGCCGAAAUGCUCGAUUCUGGCGCUGAGCAGGACACGCAAGUCGUCGAGGAGUCCGACGAGGAAGUUGCUUCUAGUCUGCCUCUAUCUGCGCGUCAUCCUACGCCUGGACCGUCCAGUUCUCGCAGUCUGUCCCGUCGGCGAAGCUCUAUCCCGUUCGUGUCGGUGCCGUCUCGUCGGAGCUCAUUACGGACUCGACAGCCUACGGAGGAUUAUGUUGACGAUGAUGUACUAGCAUUUAUCUCCUCUGAGUGCAUGCAUGUUCUUAAGAACGUAACGCAGGUUGUGAUGAACGACAACUCAGCCGUAAUGAGCCGAAGCACAGGAUUGUUGACCCCUCGCAUAACGAAGACGCCGAGCUCUUCAGUUUGCCCUCCGACAAACGAGGACGAAGAUGAAGAACCGCCUGCGCAGUACGAAGCUCCCGACGACGAGAUCGUGGAGUCGGAGGAGCUGGUCAACAUGCUCAAAGAGUUCAAAGAAGACGCCUCCGAAUCUGACGAGGAGUCGGACGACGAUGACGAUGACGACCCGGACGACCGCCCUGUUCGAUUCCUCGACGACUUUGCGCUCUACGACUCCUCAACGCUCGGCAUGGAAGAUUUCUGGCGCCUGGCACUUGAGUCUCAGGAUGAUGCGUUGGCGGGACGGGGAAUCGUUGCAUCGGGUAUCGUCAGUCCUCGACCGCGCGUGGACGAUGAUGGCGAGGAGAUUGAGACGGGCUUUGACUCUGACGAGGCUCCGCGUGUACGGCUUACCGGUAUCUUGGAAAUCGACUAUCUAUGGUGGUACAAAGAUACAGAAACGCUGGACACCGAUAUAUGGAUCCGCACGAACCACGCGUGGUACCUCCUCCGUUCGCCUUGUGAAGCGUACCGGCCCUUCAUGCAAUCAUUCGCUCUCGCGCACGGUAUCGUCUACGAGUUGGCCGAAUACGCUCUAAAACAUACUCGCGCGUGGAUGUCGGCGUUUCUCGACGAAGUCGACAGAGUGCAUGGGGAGCACGAGACUUAUUUAACAAGAAAGCAGUGCGAGGAUGCGUUCAAGGAUGUACGCGUUCUGCACAUGAUCGACAAUCUACGAUCGGACGCCCCGCCGAUCCGCAAGACGACCAUAUUCCGCCGCCUCGAAACGGCUCCCGCCCCUACUGGCAGCGCACCGCCCUCACGCGCCAUAUCAACCUAUUCAGGCGCAGCAACAGACUACACAGGCGACGAAGACGAGUCCACCUCCCUCUCCGCCUCCACCUCAAAACGCCCUCGCGUCCGGCGCAAAUCCUCCUCCCGCAACCCCGAACGCGCGAUCCUCGACGAGGACAAGGACAAGAAGACGGUGCUUAUGCCGAUCAUAGCCGCAACGGCGCAGACGAUGCGGCAUCUGAAGUUUAAGAGUGUGAAGGCGGUCAGGGAGAGGCAGGCGGAGGUGUUGAAGAAGCAGGGGAAGAAGACGAGGGUGCAUGAGUUCGAUCCGGAGAGGAUCGUUUGGGGACGGAGGAUCAUGAGGGACGACGAGGGUGUGGGAGUUUAUGAGUGGGUGGAUAUUGAUGGGGUUAGGUAUAAGCCCGGUGAUUUUGUUAUGGUUCAGCCUGGAGAGGACGGGAAGGCGACUCGCGCCAAGGCCGGCGAGACGGUGCAUACGACGAACGCUCUAGGCCAUACGAACUGGUUCGCGCGCAUAGUCUACCUCCACGACGGUGGCAACAAAAAGGGCUUCAAGUUCCAUGCGCAAUGGCUCACACAUUCCUCCAAGACGAUGCUCCAAGAGUUUUCGCACCCCAACGAGCUCUUGUGGCUGAAGGAAUGCGAAGACUUGGUGCUUGCCUCGAUCAUCCAGAAGAUCGACGUGAAGGUGUUACCGGUUAAAGGCGCUGUGGGAGAGGAGUCGAGCGUGGGUCAUCUACCCGACGAUCAUUUCUUUCACCGGCAUCUAUACUACGACGAGGAUCUGGUAGCAUGGGCCGAUCUCCCAUCCGGCAUCGCCACAAAAGCGCUCGAGACAUGCGACCCGCAUAAGCAGUGCAUCCCCUGCGGUCUCCACGAGCUCGACGACCAGCACGAAGCCCUCACCGUACUCGACGACGACUCAGCGUUCGAGACUGGCGGCGUGCAGUACCACCGUCUGGAGUGCGUGUACCUGUACAACGAGAAGGACCCGAACGACGCAUUCCAGCUUGCGCAGGUGCUCGAGUGGAGGUGGAAAGAUCCGCCGAAGUCGAAGAGCAAGAAGAAGAAGGGACCGGUUUUUACGCUUACGGUCAAGUACUUCUGUCGGCACGAUGAUGUGGUUGCUAAGGAGCGGCGGGCGGGGAAGGAGGCGGAUGAUUGGAGUACAGAUGAGCGACACAUCUUCCUGACAGGCCGCGAAGAAGAAGUCAACGCCGACCGCGUCGCAGGCAAGUUCUUCGUCCGCCGCCGCGAACCCCAGAACAGAGACUGGCUCAUCGAUAACCCCGACGUCUUCUACUGCACGCACACGACGGAUCUCAACGGUAAAGACGUGCAGUCGUCUGAUGAGCUCGAGGAGCUGUUGCCGCGCGUCAAGUUUGAGAGGUGUGAGGGGUGCUUUGAUGGGAUGAUGCAGCGCAAUAAGAAGUUGAGGUCGUUGCCGGCUUUGAAGGGCGUUGAGAUCUUUGCUGGCGCGGGUGGAUUCUCUGAGGGGAUGAAAAGGAUGGUCGAUACAACCCAUUUCAUUGAAUACUCGCCGAGCUGCGCGAAGACGCUUCAAGCCAAUCACCCCGAUGCUGUCGUGUACAACUACGACUGCAACGUCGUCCUGCAGCGGGAGAUCGACGUCUCGGAGGGAAAAGAAAGCGAGCCGCUGUAUGGCCCUGACGGAUCAGAGCUUCCCAUGCUUCCCGAGCCCGGUGACGUGGACAUUAUCUAUGGCGGACCGCCCUGUCAGUCGUUCUCCAAAGCCAACCAUAGCAAGAAAGCCGACGACCCUCGGUCAAUGCUGGCUCUCGUCCUCUUGUCUUACGUUGAAAGGCUCCAACCAACCUACGUGAUCAUCGAGAACGUCGUCGGAUUCGCUGAGCACAAAGCAGAGCUCGAAGACGGACGCAUCGUCGACAACGCGAUGCUCAAAGUCGUACCGCGCUGCGCGCUAGCGCUCGGAUAUCAAGUCCAUGUCAGGGUACUGCAAGCGGCACAAUACGGUGUCGCACAGGGACGUCGACGCGUUAUUAUCAUCAUGGCGAAGCGCGGUGUGCCGCUGCCUCAGCAUCCUCUGCAGACUCAUGUACAUGAGCCGCCUCAACGGGUGAAGUUACCGACUGGCGUAGCGCUACGCGGGGUUUCUCGGCUGGCACACGGUUACUUGACCGAGGCUUCGCGGGCGGCGUACUGCGACAAGGCGCCGUCUGCCGCCCCGCACCGGAAGGUGACUGUUGAACAGGCAGUCGGCGAUCUGCCUGAAUUUCAUUGGCGGCGUCCGGGAUACGAGCUGAAGAUCACCAGCGCUCAGCGACAGGAAGAGGCGAACUUGCGCGCCCGAGGUAUCCCCGUCAUCGAUGCCAUCACGCCUGGGAACGGUCUGCCUGUGGUCGUUGGGUUCACCGAGUCCGCUCCGUACGGCGACAUCCCGAGGUCCUUGUAUCAGCGUAGUCUGCGCUCGGAGGCUCCGCUCGCGGACGACGACGACGGCUCGACGGCAGACACUGAACCCUUGGUGUCGAUGCAUUACACGAAGUCCUUUAGCGCGGCCACUAUCGAGCGCGUUACUGCCAUUCCCAUGGUUGCCGAGGCUAAUUGGAAAGAUCUUCCGAGCAACUUGCCGCUCAAGAUCGGCGAGAAAGCUAGAGAGCGCAAUGCGAAACCUUCCAAGGGAACCCUGCGCCGGCUGCCUGCAGACGGCGUGUUUGCGACUUCGAUGACUAAUUCGUAUCCUCUCUCCAAGACAGGCGCGGCGUUGCACUACAAUCAACGCCGCAUCAUCACCGUCCGCGAAUAUGCGCGCGCUCAGGGUUUCCCUGACGCCUAUCAACUCUGUUCCGUCAAUGAGCGCCCGGUCACCAUCGUAGCAGACCAACAGCGCCAGGUCGGCAAUGCAGUGCCGGUUCCUCUCGCGCGCGCUAUCGGCGAACAAGCUCUGAGACCCGCCGUCCUUGCUUGGCACGAGCAGCAGGCUCGCGAAGAGCGAGAUGAAGACGAUGGUACACCCGAAAUUUAG